AACACCCGCCGUCUAUUUUAUUUUGAGUUGAAAAAGAUCUAUUUCCCCCAGAGCUGACCUGCAUUUCAAACGUCUCCGCCUUUACUCUCUCACUCGCCUCUAGCCUUGUCUCAUCAGAUUGCGCAUCUCAAUCUCAUGACUUCUCACUCAUCACUCCCUCCCAUGGCGCAAGUUCGCCAACUGCCCUGCGACGGUGACGGUGUUUGCAUGCUCUGCAAGGUCAAGCCAUCCGACGAAGACAACCUCUCCUGCAAAACCUGUGCCACCCCCUGGCACCUCAACUGCCUCACCUCCCGUCCCGAGACAAUCGCCUCCGCUCUCCAAUGGGAAUGCCCCGACUGCACCUCUCUCUCCCUCGACCUCCCGCCUGCUACUGCUUCCGGCGGCGCCUCCGACGACCUUAUCGCUAAGAUCCGUGAGAUUGAGGCUGAUGCGUCUCUCACAGAGCGUCAGAAGGCGAAGAUGCGUCAGGAGUUGAUGAUGAGGGGAAAUGCUUGUCUCGAUGGCGAUGAGAAAGACCAUAAGAGGAAGAGAGGAAAGGAGGAGGAGAUGAAUGUUGGACGAGGAGGUGGAAGUAACGAUGUGUUGGAUCUUUUGGAUGGGAGUCUUAACUGCUCCUUCUGUAUGCAGUUACCGGAGAGGCCUGUUACGACACCAUGUGGACACAAUUUCUGCCUUAAAUGCUUCCAGAAAUGGGUUGGGCAAGGGAAGCGUACCUGUGCAAAGUGCCGGUGCUCCAUUCCUUCCAAAAUGGCGAGUCAACCCCGUAUCAAUUCUACCCUUGUGGUAGCUAUUCGAAUGGCAAAGGUUUCCAAGUCAAUUGGUUCUGGAGGGCCUUCAAAGGUAUAUCAUUUUGUACACAACCGGAAUAGGCCUGACAAGGCAUAUACUACUGAGAGGGCUCAGAGGAGUGGGAAGGCCAAUGCUGCAAGUGGGAAGAUAUUUGUCACUAUUUCCCCUGACCAUUUUGGUCCUAUCCCAGCCGAAAAUGACCCAGAAAGGAAUCAGGGUGUGCUUGUUGGAGAGUGCUGGGAAGAUAGAUUGGAGUGCCGGCAAUGGGGUGCUCAUUUUCCACAUGUAGCCGGUAUUGCUGGGCAAUCCAACUAUGGUGCACAGUCAGUGGCUCUUUCAGGGGGCUACCAAGACGAUGAAGACCAUGGAGAGUGGUUCCUCUACACUGGAAGUGGAGGCAGAGAUCUUAGUGGGAACAGACGGACAAACAAAGAUCAGUCUUUUGAUCAGAAGUUUGAGAAACUGAACCAGGCGCUUCAAGUUAGUUGCUUAAAAGGGUAUCCUGUUCGAGUUGUCAGAUCCCACAAAGAAAAGCGCUCUUCAUAUGCCCCGGAAAAAGGGGUAAGGUAUGAUGGUGUCUAUAGAAUUGAAAAAUGUUGGCGCAAAGUGGGUAUUCAGGGUUUUAAGGUCUGCAGGUAUCUGUUUGUUAGAUGUGACAAUGAACCUGCCCCAUGGACAAGUGAUGAGCAUGGGGAUCGACCUAGACCUUUACCUGUUAUUUCUGAGCUGAAGAAGGCAACAGAAAUAACGGAGAGGAAGGAUUGCCCAUUAUGGGACUUUGAUGAGGAAGAAUGUUGCUGGAAGUGGAAAAAACCUCCACCACCUAGCAGGAAACGGGUAGCUACUGGGAAGUCCGAAGACAUAAAGAGGUCAAGGAAUGCAAUGAGGCGAGCUCAGAAUAUGAGUGUCAGGGAGAAGCUCCUGAAAGAGUUCAGUUGCCUCAUCUGUCGGCAGGUGAUGACUCUGCCAAUAACAACACCAUGUGCUCAUAAUUUUUGCAAGUUGUGUUUGGAGGAUGCAUUUGCUGGAAAAACUUUUGUGAGGGAGAGAAGCAGAGGUGGGAGGAUGCUUCGAUCCCAGAAAAAUGUCAUGAAUUGUCCAUCUUGCCCAACGGACAUCUCUGAUUUUCUCCAAAAUCCUCAGGUGAAUAGAGAGUUGAUGGAGGUGAUUGAGUCGCUGAAAUCUAAGACUGAAGAGGAGAAUGGGAACUGUAUCGAGUCAAGCGAAGAAACUGAUGGAAAUGAGGAUGGUGAUCCUUCGUCUGCGAGUGCUGAAGCUGACAUAGAGAAUUCAGAAAUCACAGGCGUAGUUGAUGGUGUGCAGACUCUCAACAAAAGCAAGCCCAAAAGAAGCAGAGAGCAUAGGAAAAUAGAUAUUGGGGAAUCAUCUUUAGGAGCAGAAAGACUAAAAGAAGGAAAUGAUUCACCAUCAAGUCCCCUCCAUAUGCAAUCUGAUGACGACUUUCAAUAAUUACUCUAAAAUGGUUGGAUUAUCAGGUAGACUCUUUUCGUCGAGUGGGAUUAUUUUGAGAAGGGGAGAUUCUUGUGACCUUGAGGGUGACUUAUUUUUUUUUUUUAUUGAAGGAAUCUCAACUAUCUAGAAAAGGUUCUUUUUUGGAAUGCUUGAAAUAUAUUUGAUGUAGAAAAUCUAUUUUGAUA